CAACCUUUUUGUUAGGUUAGGAAAUAGUAAACACAAGUUCCUGUGUUUUUGGGAAAUCAUUUUCAUUAUAAAAUUCCCUGUAGAAAAACUCAAAUGAAUCUUAAUCGAAUUCCCAGAGCAGUUUACGCCUCUCUUCAAAAAGGCCUGAAAACUCCCUCCUACAAUCAUUGCAAGUUUUGUAUCCGGAACAUUUCAAACACCAAAGUUUUCCAAAAUGAAGCCAAGGAUAAGUUUGAUAAAGAAAUGGAAACAAUUCAGUUCAAAAACAAACUCCUAAAUGGUCCAAACCUGAAGGACUUUUUCAAAGAUAAUAAUUUAAAGAUGCAGGAUCAUUUAUCUGAUGAAGAGGUUGUACCUUAUUUAAUACAACCUCAACUGUAUGGAACAAAAAGAAAAGUUUACUUUGAUGUUUACGGAUGCCAGAUGAAUGUAAACGAUACAGAAGUAGUAUGGGCCAUUUUAAAAGACAAGGGCUACAUAAAAACAAACAAUAUAUUUGAAGCUGAUGUCGUCUUAGUUGUUACUUGUGCUAUAAGAGAAGGGGCAGAAGACAAAAUCUGGCACAGACUAAAGGAAAUUAAAAGCCUAAAAACCAAAAGAAAAAGAAGCAAACCUACUCUUAAAGUUGGAAUUUUAGGUUGCAUGGCUGAGAGAUUAAAGGAAAAAGUUUUAGAAACUGAUCAAACAGUUGAUAUUGUUGUUGGUCCUGAUGCUUACAGGGAUUUACCCAGACUUUUAGCACUGACAAACAAUGACCAAAAAUCAAUAAAUGUACUUUUAUCUUUAGAUGAAACUUAUGCAGAUAUCACCCCAGUAAGGUUAAAUGAAAAUGCCAUAAGUGCUUUUGUUUCAAUAAUGAGAGGAUGCGAUAAUAUGUGCACUUAUUGUAUAGUACCUUUUACCAGAGGCAGAGAAAGAUCAAGGCCUGUUGACUCUAUAUUAAAAGAAGUAGAACAUUUAUCAGAACAGGGUGUUAAAGAAGUUACCUUAUUAGGUCAAAAUGUUAACAGUUACAGAGAUAUAUCGGAGAAAGACACAAUAGAUAAUAUCACUAGUUUGGCAAAAGGUUUUAAAACAGUUUAUAAAGCAAAAAAGGGUGGUUUAAGGUUUGUUGAUUUAUUACACAGAGUAUCUGAGAUCAACCCUGAAAUGAGAAUUAGAUUUACCUCACCUCAUCCGAAAGAUUUCCCUGAUGAAGUUAUUCAAAUCAUUCAAUCACAGCCAAAUAUUUGCAAAUAUCUUCACAUGCCAGCACAAUCAGGCAAUUCAGCAGUUUUGGAAAGAAUGAGACGAGGUUAUACAAGGGAAGCCUAUUUAGAAUUAGUUGCUCGCAUUAGAAAACAAAUACCUAAUGUGGCUUUAAGUUCAGAUUUUAUUUGCGGAUUCUGUGGGGAGACUGAGGAAGAAUUUGAAGAUACACUCUCUCUUAUGGAAGAAGUCAAGUAUAAUACAGCCUAUCUGUUUGCUUAUAGUAUGAGAGAAAAAACAACUGCUCAUAGGAGGUUUAUUGAUGACGUGCCUCAAGAAAUAAAAGCAGAAAGAAUACAAAGAAUGGUGAAAGUUUUUAGGAAAAAUGCUCAAAUAUUAAAUUUGUCAGAAAUUGGAAACAUUCACUUGGUCCUUAUAGAAGGUGUCAGUAAGAGAUCUGAAAGUCAUCUUCAAGGAAGGAAUGAUAAUAAUAUUAAAGUUAUUUUGCCUGGAAGCGAUCAAGUGCCUUCAAAGGAUGGAGCAAACUUUAAGUUUUUGAAGCCUGGCGAUUAUGUGGCCGUUCAUAUAAAUGCAGCAAACUCACAAGUUUUGAAAGGAAUUCCUUUAUACUUUACUGGAUUGCAAGAUUUUUAUAAGGAAAAUUAUACAGAAUAUGAUAGAUUAUGUUUUAGCAAUAAUAAUUAUUGAUAGGUAGUGGUAGAAAACCAAAAAUAUAAUGUUUAUGUUGAGAUUGAUGUGAUUAUGUUUUUUUUUUCAGUACCUAUAAGUAGGUAGCUAUACUAUACCCUAUACUGCCUAUACUUAUUACUUUUGAAAAGUAAAAUAACAAAAAUAAAACAACAGCUUAAAUUUAUAUAAAAUGUAUAAAAAAGGCUAAUACAAUUUGUAAAAUAUCAACUCUGUUUCAUCUUUAAUUUGUUGAUUAUAUCUAAAAUCUCCCAUCGUUUCUUUUGUACUUGGUCUGGUGUUAUUUUUGGACAACCUUUAAGUUUCCCAUAAUGGUUUGCAUAGCUAGCUAAUUGUUCUGUAUUACACAACACAUGUAUCCCACAGUCGUAGCCGUUAUUUUGCUGUAGAGUUGAUACUUCUUCGAAUCUUCCUUCAAAAGGCAAUCGGAAAUAUUUUAAAAUUUUCUCUGCUAAAUCCAAGGCUGGGCCAUCAUUAAUCCCACGAGAAGAAUCAUAAUGAAAUACCCUUUUUUCUGGCCUAGAGUAAGCCAAUAAGCUCCAAUGAGUUCCUCCACAAUACUCUGUCUGUUCGUUGUCGUUUAAAGCAAAAAAUAUAAACUUGGGCUCCUUUUCCAACAAGGGAUUCAGAAAAAUAUCGAGUUCUCUCUGGGGGGAUAUUUUAAUGCAUUGCGUCACUUCUGGAGAAACAAAUAACAGGGAGUUAUUGUUUUCGAAAAAGUCUGUGUCCAAAUAUUCCAAAUAAAACGAUAUAAUCGUGUCGUUCAGCCAGUGGGGCCCUUUGAGCAAAUCCACAUCUGAUUUACGCAACAGACUUUCGUUGUAACUCAACACUGUAACGUUCGAGGUCAUUACUGGAAUUUCUGACCGAUUAACUAGAAUUUUGAAAGUGGAAUUUUUAAUUUUUUUAUGUUUUGAUUUUUUGUCAUUUUUGAGUGACAAAUGUUUGGAACUUUUCCUCUUUUUUUUAUUUUUAUUUUUGAACUUGAAUAUCAUGAUCAAGCGCAAUGCGCACAGACACAGCCUCGAGCAUCGUGGUUAUCAGAACAGGAAAGUACCAGUGGCGUACACUCGAUCGACCUACUAAUGGAGAACCAUGCGAAAAUAUACAAAAUUGUAUGAUUAUUCAAAAACUAACUGUACAGGGUGUUUUUUUAUAUAUUGACACCCCACCUACAGCCUUUACCUUUACAAGUACCUAGAUGAAAGGUGGAAAUACAAAAGUUGUACAGUAUACCUAGGUACCUAUUGGCUAAAUUUUUAGAAUCCA